AUGAUUCCUUUGAAUCAAUGUAUGAGCUAUUCUGACUUGUAUGAAGACAUUUUCCGUACAUUCCAGUUUUUGCCAAGUCAUGUUAUUGAGCUUCAGUAUUCAGUUCCUGGCUGUAAAGUUUGUUUUCUUCGUAACGAUCGUGAUUUCCAAAUGCUGUUCUGCGCUGCUAGAAUACAUAAGUUAGAUUGUGUUGAGAUUUCUGUUUUAAAGAUUGGUGGAAGCUGCAGCAGAACUUGUUCAGUGGAUAGUUGUUCGGCAGUUAUUGAUGAAGACGAUUAUUUGGGAGAGACCUUUAGGAAUGAAGUUCACAAGACAUAUUUGUCUGAUGAGUGGAGUUCUUAUAUUCAUCAUGUUGGGGAGAAGUUUCAUGGUGCAGCUGAGCUCUGUGAGAAGCUCAGGAAGUAUGCAAUUGCAGUUGGUUUCGAGUUUGUAAUUUUGAGAAAUGAUGUGGACCGUAUUCAUGCAGUCUGUUCAAAUGUUGGUACCGAAGGUUGUGAUUGGCAUCUUCGCGCUCUGUCAUCAUCUGCCAAUGGUUGCCUUUAUAUAACAGAGUUGAAUAAUAUUCACACUUGCAAGGGUGUAGUCAAGACUCAAAAUAACAAGCUUUUGGGAUCCAAGGCUGUCAAGACUUGCAUUGCUGCCGAUGUUAGCUAUAAUCUUUCAUUGAAGCCAAGGGAGAUUAUGAGUAAGUUCAAGUCAACAUAUGGGUUUGAUAUUUCCUACAAGGUUGCCUUGAAAGCAAAGCAUAGGGCUAAGGAAGCGAUUUAUGGUUUAGAUGCAGAUUCAUUCAGCAAGUUAUCUUGGUAUAAGGAAGCUGUUUUGCAGAGUAACCCGGGCUCUUCUUUUGUGUUGGAAGUUGACCCAUCUACUAAUCGUUUUCAACGGCUUUUCGUGGCUUACGGAGGUUGUGUUCAAGGCUUCCAAUUCUGUUUGCUUGUGUUGUAUGUUGAUGGAACGUUUGGUAAAAGCAUUUACAAGGGUCAGAUUCUUUCUGCAACUGGAAUGAAUGGAAAUCAAGAUAGCUGUUUCUACCCUCUAGCCAUAUGUUUCUGUGAUUCUGAGACAGAUGCAAAUUGGACAUUCUUUUUCAAACAUUUGAAGAGUUUGCUUGAACCUCAAGGAAGAGUCAUCACAUUUAUUAAUGAUCGGGGUACUGGAUUGUUGAGUGCUUUCGAUAAGGUUGCAUAUUCCUCUACUGAGAAGGAAUACCGUUUCAACUUGCGGUUGCUUAGAGAAGUUGGUGGUGCCGAUAUUAUUGACCCUUUUCUUGCUGAAAUCCCUGUGCAAAAUUGGUUCCGUGCAUUUUAUACUAGCUGCCGAUAUGGAAUUAUGGCUAAUGGGAUUGCUGAAUCAUUUAACUCUUGGAUUGCAAUUGAGCGUUUGAUGCAUGUAUAUUGUAUGUUGGAUCAGACCAGAAUAAAACAAAUGGAGCUGAUGGGUGAGAGGAGGGAUGAGGCACAACGUUGGACCACAGAACUAACGCCCAAAAUGGAGGAAAGGUUGAAGGUGCAGAUGGAGAAAUCUCGUCGUUUCAGUGUCCAUUAUUCUAGCCCUGGAGUUUAUGAGAUCAAUUGUUUUCCUUGUCCUCACGGCCUUGCUGCAAUACAAGCUGCCUCUGAAAAUGUCUAUGAUUAUAUUGAUAAGUACUUUUGUGUUGAUAUGUUCAAGAAGAGCUACAGUUUUCCUAUCCGGCCGAUAACCAAUGUUGAUACGUCUUCUUCUGAAUCUGCUACUGACUGUAUAUUAGCUCCUCUUGCGAAGAGGCCACCUGGGAGGCCUAGCUAG